AUGGCAGCACCGAGCGAGAUCAAUGUUUCGGAUGUCACUGGACGAUGGGCCCUCAACCGGGCCCUCUCAGAUCAGCUGGAGCCGUUAUUCACACUGCAAGGUAUCCCAUGGAUCAUCCGUAAGGUGAUCAAUUUCGCAUCGCUUGAGCUACAGUAUACCAAAGACCCUCCCAGCGAUCCGACAGCGGCAACGAGCUUUUCCUUCAAGCAGACUGUCCGGCCCGGUGGAUUCGAUACGAUAAACAGAUACGUCCUUGACGGCGACAAGCGAACAGACACCGUACCAAUCUUCGGCGAGGUUACCAUGUAUGCUAAAUAUCUUAACCGCGACGAGGUCACAUUAGAACAAACUCUGGGAACAGGAAUCCAGGGUGACGCGGAAAAGGACGUGGCAAUAAUAGAGGUUACUGAAAGCAAGAGUAUGGGCUGGAAGGCCGAGACUGUAUGGGUAUUUGAGACAAUCGACGGAGAAUAUCGCUUGUGCAAGUAUAACAGAAUUUGGAAGGGGGACCAAAGUGCAAAAGCCAAAAUGGUGCAUGAUUACAUUGGGCCACCCAACUAA